AUGAAGGGUCGUACGAUAAUAUCGCAAGGAUUUUUGGUCAAUAGGGCCAGUUUUCGGUCUACUACGUAUGUAGGGGGCUCUGGAUUCCAAUUGCGGCGCUAUUCUACACCAGCCCCGGCUCCUGGCGUUCUACCCUUGGAAGGCAUUCGUGUAUUGGACAUGACCAGGGUUCUUGCAGGACCUUAUUGUACACAAAUAUUGGGAGAUUUGGGCGCAGAUGUGAUCAAAGUCGAGCACCCGCAACGAGGCGAUGAUACUCGAGCUUGGGGACCGCCAUUUGCGAAAUACCAGGAUCCUUCCAAAAAGGGACCUGGUGAAAGUGCCUAUUAUCUCGCGGCCAACCGAAACAAAAAGUCUAUUGGACUAUCAUUUGCACAUACAUCGGGAGUUGAGAUUUUACACAAACUGGUGAAGGAAUGCGACGUUCUCGUUGAGAACUACCUACCAGGAAGCCUGAAGAAAUACGCCAUGGGCUACGAGACCCUCAGCAAAAUCAACCCCAAGCUGAUAUAUGCCAGUAUAACGGGCUACGGUCAAACAGGACCAUACAGCAACCGAGCUGGCUACGAUGUCAUGGUGGAAGCAGAAAUGGGUUUGAUGCAUAUCACGGGAUCUAGAGAUGGACCUCCGGUUAAAGUUGGUGUUGCGGUUACGGAUUUGACGACUGGCCUUUAUACAUCGAAUGCUAUCAUGGCAGCUAUCAUUGCACGUGGACGUACGGGUAAAGGGCAGUAUAUUGAUGCGUGUUUGAGCGAUUGUCAGGUUGCGACUCUUGCCAAUUUGGCGAGCUCGGCCUUGAUUAGUGGGGAGAAGGAUUCUGGUCGUUGGGGCACAGCUCAUCCCUCAAUCGUCCCCUACCGAAGCUACAAGACCCUUGACGGGGACAUUCUCUUUGGCGGCGGCAACGACCGACUUUUUGGUGUUCUCAGUGACCGACUCGGGCAUCCAGAGUGGAAAACGGACGACCGCUUUGUCACGAACAGCAACCGGGUCGAAAACCGAGUUGAGAUCGAUAGUCUGAUUGAAGAGAUCACAAAAACAAAAACAACUCAAGAGUGGCUUGAUAUUUUUGAAGGUAGCGGAAUGCCAUAUGCCGCUGUGAAUGACAUUCAGGCAACACUGAAUCACGAGCAUGUGCGAGCUCGUGGAAUGGUUACAGAGAUUGAUCAUCCAGAAUGCGGACCCAUGAAACUUGUAAAUACACCGAUCAAAUACUCCCAUGCCAAACCGGGCGUUCGGACGCCACCCCCUACCUUGGGUCAACACACCGAUGAAGUGCUUCAAGGGCUGUUAGAUUAUAGCGCAGAUGAGGUCCUCUCAUUGAAAAAGGAGGGAGUUAUUUCAUAG